UCUGUGGACAAUUCGCCAUUGAAGAUGGGCGUUGGAGCAGGUCACUUCCAUUCCCUCAUCUUUACCUACGGAACCCUAAAGCGAGGCUUCUCCAACCACGUCCUCAUCCAGGACCUCAUCGCCACCAGCGACGCCGCCUUUAUCACCGUCUGCCUCACCACCGCCCAGUUCCCCCUCGUCUGCGGCCCCUACCGCGUCCCCUUCCUCCUCAACUUCCCCGGUGCAGGCCACCGCGUCUCCGGCGAGCUCUACGCCGUCUCCGCCCGCGGCCUCGGCCGCAUGGACGAGCUCGAGGGCACCGGCCGCGGCCACUACGAGCGCCUGCCGAUAGAGAUCGAGGCCGCCGCGCGGGACGGAGCGAGGAGGAUGUGGGCGGAGGCGUACUUCGCGCACAGCAGCUACGCGGCGGCGCUGUGGCGGAAGAGCGGAGAGAGAGGGUACAGCGCGUAUACAGAGAAGGAGGCGGCGGGGUACGUGAAGAGGAAAGAUCGGCCGCAGAAUCAGAGUUUUCUGGAGCAGAUUCAAUUGUUUGUGUCGUCUUAGAAGUAUAUUAAUAUCUUGUUUAUGUAGUAAAUGUAAUGCAAAUUUUG